CUAAGCUCGCCAAGCAAACGUUCUCUCGGCCUCACCACACCUCAAAGAAAGCAUCAUCACUCAAUAUUUCCCUGCGAAAUUGGACAAUCAGUCAACAAUAUGGCGCAGCCUUUGGAUCUCGCAAAAACUCUCGUCAAGUCUGUUAUGCGCGCCUUCUACGAAACGCGCUUCAUUUUGAUCAUUGAUGCGUUGAUCAUUCACUCUGCCCUCCGAGACGAUGACUUGGCGUAUCUGAUGGCAACGAACACAAAGGAUCUCCACAAGGCGUGUGGAAAGCUUAGAGAAGACCGAUUUCUAGCUGUGUACACGAGACUAGAAUAUCGAGAAGAUCCCAAGAAUCCCGAGGCGAAGCCACGUCCUGUCAAUCGAACCUACUACUACAUUGACUACCGCCAAACGAUUGACGCCAUCAAAUGGCGUGUAUACACAGUCGACAAGCAAAUCCAAGGCACCACGGUGCCGGCCAGCGAACGCAAGGAAUACUUCUGCGGACGGUGUAAAUCAGAAUGGACGCAAAUGGAGGUGCUUGACAACGUUGGCCCUACUGGCUUUGUCUGUCACCGGUGCAAUGGUCCGCUUACGCACGAUCUCGAGCGCAACUCCACAGGCCACGAGCAGUCGACACGACUAAAUAACCAGUUCAAGUUCAUCACCGAACUGUUGCCGCGCAUAGACGAGAUGAUUGUCCCAGAUAAUACCUUCGAUAUCGCAAUCAGUAAAGCCUUACCAGUUGUCCGCGACGCCAGUUACCAGAGCGUAACCACCAUCCCUGUUUCAUCCUUGCAGCCAACAUCAGUCAAGGGUCUCGAUAAUGUUGGGCCCAAGUCUAUGUCAGUCAGCAUCUCAACGGCGGACGGACCUUCAGAGGCUGAGAAGGCAGCGGAGAAGGCCCGCAAGGAGAAGGUCGCACAGCAAAAUGCACUUCCUUCGUGGAUGUCUAACAGUACGGUCACGGGCGAGUCCUUCUCUGCCGAGGCCAAUCCAAUGCCCGCCACCAAGGUUGAGGAGGUGGAUGACAAGGGGGCUUUGUCAAAGUCAGCAGAUAAUCCGGAACAUGCAGAGCUGGAUGACUACUUCGCCCGCCUCAAAGCCGAGCAAGAGGCUGAGGCAGCACGAGCAAUGGAGGAGGAGGAAGAUGACGACGAUGAUGAGGAUGAAGACGCCUUUGAAGAUGUCACACCGAGCAUCGCAACUCCGGCGCCGGCUAUCAAAGCUGAGCCCUCGCCAGAGUCUGAAGGAAGAGCAGUCAAGAAGGUCAAGGUGGAAGCACCAGCGGAUGGGGAUGACGGCGAGAGUGACGAAGACAUGGAGUUUGAGGAUGUCUAG